GAUGGAGUAGGUGCUAAAAUAGCUGAGAAGAUAGAUGAGUUCUUAUCCACUGGAAAACUGCGCAAAUUGGAAAAGAUUCGACAAGAUGAUACAAGUGCAUCCAUCAAUCUCCUGACACGAGUUACUGGCAUUGGUCCUGCUGCUGCUAGGAAGUUUGUUGAGGAAGGAAUUAAGACUUUAGAAGAUCUAAGAAAAAAUGAGCACAAGCUGACCCAUCACCAACGAAUUGGGUUGAAAUAUUUUGAAGAUUUUGAGAAAAGAAUCCCAAGGGAAGAAAUGCUGCAAAUGCAGGAAAUUGUGCUGAAAGAGGUAAAGAAGCUGGAUCCGAACUAUAUUGCUACAGUCUGUGGCAGUUUUAGACGAGGUGCAGAGUCAAGUGGCGAUAUGGAUGUUCUCCUAACCCAUCCAAGUUUUACAUCUGAAUCAUCCAAACAGUCAAAACUUCUGCGUCAAGUUGUAGAACAGCUGGAAAAAGUCCACUUUGUCACAGAUAUGCUGUCUAAAGGUGACACCAAAUUCAUGGGUGUCUGUCAGCUACCAAAUAAAGAAGAUGGAACAGCCUAUCCACAUAGGAGAAUUGAUAUCCGGUUUAUCCCCAAAGAUCAGUAUUAUUGUGGUGUACUGUAUUUCACAGGAAGUGAUAUAUUCAAUAAGAACAUGAGAACUCAUGCUCUGGAAAUGGGCUUCACUAUCAACGAGUACACAAUCCGCCCCUUGGGUGUCACUGGAGUUGCUGGGGAGGCCCUACCAGUAGAAUGUGAAAAAGACAUCUUUGACUAUAUCCAGUGGAAAUACCGAGAGCCAAAGGAUCGGAGUGAAUAACUGCUUGUCUAGGUGCUCAGGUGUGAUCAUUGUGCUGCUCUGCUGACUAGUGUUGAACAAGAUGAACUGAAGCCCCGGUCACAGUGGUGAAAAAUUUCUGGAUGUUGAGCAA